UCUUGCACCAAGCCAGGGCCGGCUCUAUGGCACGGAGCUGUCCAGCACUUCAGGAGGCGAAGCUCAGUAGUGGAGAAUGCUGCAAAGAGGGAGCCCGAAAGAGCCUUGAGGGGAGCUGGGUGCGCUCGGGAGCGGAGAGGGUGGGCUUUGGGGAGGGUGCAAGAACAGGGUGGGGUGUCCCAGGGCUGGUUGGCCCUGGGCUGGAGGGCCCAGGGAGCCAGGAGGACUGAGCUCCAGCGGAACCAAGGAGAACGAGGCUGGCAAGAGCGAGGCCAAACCCCAUCUGCAGUUAUUGGCACGGACACAAGAUUGCGCUUCCUUCUCCAGCAAGGCUUUGAAGCAUCAAGCAGAGGGGAUCCCAGUUCCCGGAGGAAAUGUGUUCUUGAGGAGAGAAGGCCUGGAGCCUGUUCAGUGACGUCCACCUAAGGGGAAUGCAUCCCAGCUUUUGAGAGGGUCUACAGAAGGCCCCACCCACCCACCCAAAUACACACCCGGCAUUCAUGGCUCUCUACAACAACGGUGCCAGGAUGCCUUCUCCACAGGAGGCCUCCAAUGGCUUCCCCCAGGCGGGGGCCUCGGGCACAUGGCACAAGCCAGAGGACGAGGUGAGGCUGGUGGAGGCCGGUUUGGUGAAGAAGGCUCACCGGGAGAUCCUGGACCACGAGAGGAAGCGGCGGGUGGAGCUGAAAUGCAUGGAGUUGCAGGAGAUGAUGGAGGAGCAAGGGUAUUCCGAAGAGGAGAUCCGUCAGAAAGUGGGGACCUUCCGGCAAAUGCUGAUGGAAAAAGAGGGUGUUCUCACCCGCGAGGACCAACAUGGUCGGCAAAUAGUGAUCGAGAACCAUCACAUGGUGGAUGGUGAAGAAUACAUGAUGCAGUACCCGGAGUACGGGAAGGGAUGCCCUUUGCAGUGCGACUGCACCACCGAUUGCUACCAAGACGACAGCAGUCACCGCGAAUACAGGCUGAAGAGACGAUCAAGCAGCUCCACCUCCCCCCCACCCAAGAAGAAAAAGAAAAAGAAAUCAGGUCAUCGCCGGAGCCGCAAAAAAAGGAAACCUGGAUCUGAACGCAGCGGGGAUAGCUCUUCCCCGGUACGGAAGGAGAAGAAGAAGAAGACAGGGAAAAAACAUCGGAGAGACAGGUCUGCGUCUGGCUCUCGUAAGAAGAGGAGGCACAGUUUUCUGCUGUCUCAUAGGUCCAGAAGUCUCAAGAGCAAAAGGAAAGAGAAGAACAAAGACAGAAAAAGGUCACACAGCGAGUCGUCCACUCGGAGGUCCCACAGGCGCAGCAGCUGCAGUUCCCGGAGCGCCUCGCUCUCCUCGGAUUACAGCGACUGCAAAUUGGCAAGCAGACUGAGUCCCAAGUACAGAGAGGAUGCCCAGAAGGGCAGCAGCCACCAGUCCAGCCAGAGCCCCUCCUCCUCCUGUACCGGCCACAGCCGAUCGGCCACGCCUCACCAAAACGGGCACAAGGGCGGUGCCCAGAACGGCCGCCAUAGCCACGGCGCCCUCUUGGAGAAGAAACAGGAGAGGCUGGAUUCCACGUCUCCUUCCACGAGGGCCCACGUCAAGUCCGAAGCCCCGUCGCCCCACUCCAAGGAAGGCCGGUGCAGCAAAUAUGGCGUCAAGGCCUCACGCCGGUCCGCCUCACCUCCAGGGAGAUGCUCGGGUGGAGAUAAGCGCUUCCACAGGCGCCAUGCGAGGUCCAUGUCAACCCACAAGCACAAAGGGCGUGGCAGGGCCAAGCUCUCAGCCGCCAAGGAGUCCCCGCGAUCUGUCAGCCACACAGGCUACAGCAGUGACUCAGAAGGGUCCACCUGCUCGCACCCUUACCACACCGUGGCCGGGACAGAAAAGAACCAUGGGGUGCACCUAAAAACGGCAAAGGAGAGGCACCACCGCGGUAGGCUGGGCAGUUGCUCUCCAGCCCCAGCCAAACACUCCAGGCACAAGUCGGAGCGAAGGAAGAGCCUGUCUCGGAGCAGCUCCUGGAGCUCCAGCCGGUCCCCGUCGAAAUCUCGGUCCCGAUCCCGGGAGAAGAGAUCUGCACGCAGCAGGACCCGGUCUGGAUCCCAGAAAAAAAUAACAAGCAGCAGAGAGAAGGACAAUGAGCCGCGCACGCGCCACAGCGACACAGAACCCACACGUGCCCGGCGUCGCUCCCGGAGCUACUCCCCCAUCCGAAAGAGAAGGCGUGACUCCCCAAGCUUCAUGGAGCCCAGAAGAAUCACCAGUGCCCGCAAGCGCCCGAUCCCCUACUACCGGCCCAGCCCGUCCUCUUCCAGCUCCCUGACGAGCUACUCCUACAGCCGCAGCCGCAGCCGCAGCUACGACAGCUACAGCAGCAGCCGCAGCCGGACUCGCACCCAGAGCCGCAGCCCAAGCUACAACAGCCGGAGCAGUUCUGAGAGCGCUGGGUUUUGAGGGCCAGCUGCCCGGUUGCCGGAGUGAGCUGGCCCUGCCCAGCUGCCCUCCCCACCCGCCCACCCCUCCAAGGCAUGCCCAGUUUUAAUUCCUCAACCAGCGCCAGCCUCCGCUCCUUCUUCCUUCCUCGUGACUCUGGAGUUGCUGGGUGCGUCCAGCCAGCGAGGAGCUGGGAGCUGGCCCAGCCAUUAACCGGGGAGUCAGGAAAUCUUGUCGGUGGGGGAGAGAACUGCCGAGUCACCUGUUAGAACGCAGCAUCGUGGCGGAGGAGGCCAGACACUCGCUGGAAGUUCGGGGUUGCAAAAGGAUUGAGGUUUUGUGGGCAAGGACCCCAAUCGUCUGGCUGCUCACACGGACAAGAGGCCUGAUGGUGGACUCCGUUUUGCUUUGUUGUUGUUUUUUUAAAAAAGCUAGUUUCUACUGACAAAAGGGUAGGGAGGGUCUCCCGGGGAAUAACGCCUCCAGGGUUCAGGAUCACGCACAGAGCAUAUGAACAAACACCAAAACCCACCACUGAACUUUGGGCUCUAGAACAUAGGAGUCCUCGCUAUUUGAUCGCACCCAGCCUCGAACAAACAGCUCACAGAAGAUUCUUCCUCGAGGGGAGUUUGAGGGUUGUUGUUGUUGUCCACCCCCUAAUUUAUUUGUAGUGUUUAUUUAUUUCGACUCCAGCAGCCUGGAGAGGUUAAUGUUUAAUUUAUUUUAGGAGGCAGAAAGGAGAUGGGUGGGUGGCAGGGGAGCACAACUCUGUUAAUUUCCAGACGGAGAAAUUCCGAAAGAAAGCUUACUUGGGAGUUUGGAGGGUUGUGUAAAACCCAGGAAAUGGAUGGAGAUGGAUGGAUGGAUGGAUGGAUGGAAGGAAGGAAGGCAGAUAGAAGCUGAUCACUUCCAAAAAGUUGCAAAGAUGACUACUGGAUUGACUACUUCAGAGCAGA